AUGAGUUCACGAAGCACCGUUUUCCAGCUGAGCGGCACAUGCAACAAUUACGACUGGGGAAAGAAGGGUCAUGAUUCCCUCGCCGCGCGCUUGUGUGAAAACACCCCUACCGGCUUCAAAAUCAAGAAAGGCGAGGCCUACUCAGAGAUGUGGUUUGGCGAUUACCCGGACUUCCCUGCCCGAGUUCUCGAGUCACAGGAGCUUCUCAGCGAUGUCUUGAAAAAGAACAAGAAGUUAUUGGGAAAGAAGGUCAUUGAGCAGCUUGAUGGCCAGCUACCAUAUCUGCCAAAGAUCCUCUCAAUCGCCAAGGCCCUCCCGCUGCAAAUCCACCCCAACAAGUCUCUCGCCAGCAAGCUUCACGAGCAAGACCCGGAAAACUUUACCGACCCCAACCACAAGCCCGAGAUCGCCGUAGCUUUGGGCAAAUUUGAAGUCUUUGCUGGCUUCAAGCCCCUCGACCAGAUCUCCCCCAUCUUCAACAUCCCCGCGCUCAGGGACUUCAUCCCCGAUGACACGAAGACUUGGUCUGAUGAGACACUGCGAGAAGUCACCCGGCGCAUCCUGUUGGCGGAAGAAUCGACCGUCGAGAAGGCAUCAAAAGCUCUCGCUGACACACCCCGUGAAGAGCUCGGCGGCAAUGCGUACGUGCAGGAUCUAUUGCCAAGGUUGCAGGAGCAGUACGGUAAGGGCGACCCCGGAACGUUGGUAGCACUGCUGUGCAUGAACUUCUUGACGUUGGAGGCGGGUGAGGCGUUGUACAUCCCCGCAGACGGCAUCCACGCGUACCUGUCGGGAGACAUUGUCGAGUGCAUGGCGCGGUCGAACAACGUGCUCAACACCGGCUUCUGUCCACCCGGCGACCGGAACAAUGUGGACUUGUUCAGCAAGACUUUGACUUUCAAGGCUCACAGCAAGGACGAUGUCAUUUUGCCUGGAGAGAAGAGCCCCAGGGGUGCGCAGGGUCGGACGGUGGUGUACCGUCCGCCGCUGAGCGAGUUCGAUAUGCUGCGGACAGAUUUGGAUGAGAAGAACCCAAGCGAGGUGCUCAAGCCGGGCGAGGGACCUGCUGUAGCCAUCGUUACUGAAGGUGAAGGUGUUCUGGAGGCGGACGGAAAGCAGUUCCAAGUCAAGGCUGGACACAUCUACUUUAUUGCGCCUGGCAUUGAGGCGAAAUGGGGAAGCAAGAGUAAGAUCCAGGUGUUUACGACUGUGGUCUAG